AUGGAGUCCAGUCUACUUGACAGUCUUCUCGAUAUUGAGGAGCAAUUCUACAAUGAAGGCUAUCACCUCGGUAUGGCUGAUGGAGCCACGGCGGGCUACACCGAAGGCAGUGUCUUUGCGGUCGAGAAAGGCUACGAGAAAUUCGUCGAAAUGGGCCGCUUGUACGGCAAGGCUCUUGUCUGGUCGCAGAGAUUAGCGGAUUCAGAUUCAUCUGAGACAUCAGACCACACGGUUGCCGGUGCUGAGAACGUCUCUCUUGGUCCAUCAAUCUGCAACGUCAUGGACAAGCUCCCCGCACACAGUGCGCGAUUGACCAAGAAUCUAUCUACACUGCUCGAGCUUGUCGAUCCAGCUUCUUUGGACAUGCACAACACCGAAGAAGCUGUAAAUGACUCGGAUGAACGUCUCAAGGGGGCUGCAGUCAAAGCCAAGCUUAUUCAACGGGCGAUGGGAGAGAGCGAGGACCCAUUGGAUGCUGCGUCCACCACCUCUGAUGCUCAAAAGCCCGGUGAUGGGACCGGUAGUAUUGAAGACAUCAGCUCGCUCAGUAUCCGUCAUUGA